GCACUAAGUUAACACAUCGUGGUUUUAAAUGGCUUUACAUACAAUAAAAAAAGCUUUAAAACGUGAUGUGUGCUGUUAUUGGUGCUGAUGUUGAGGGGUUGGGCUCAGUGACUCCACUGUCACAACCCAAAAGCGCACUGAUCCAUCACACAACAUCAGUUUAGGAAGAGCGAGCGGGCAAGGAUGCAGCAAAACUGGACUUUUACCCAGGGGACUGCUUAGAGAGCAGUUUUAUUAUUAUAUUUUUUCUUUUGGAUGGACAAUCACAUCCAAACAUAAUCGUGUUAGGAUAUGUGAGUGUUGCAGUGGAAAGGCAUGCAGCCAGAUGAGCAGAGCUAAGAGGAUUUAAUGCAGCUGGACACGAGCCACGCUGAGUAAAGAAGAAGAUUAUAUUGUUUUAAUCAAAUGCGAAGAAGUUUUUAUUGCUGGUCACUUUGAGUUUGGACUGUCGAGGAGUGAUAUUUGUCUUCAUCUCUUUAAGCACUACGAUAACUACACUGUAAGGAUGCUCACCGCACAGAGAUGUAUGGGUCCAACUCUACAGUAAAAGGCUUUUGUGUUUUUAGGAAUACUGACAGAAGACCUUGCCACGAGUCGACCUGAUCUUUACUAAGCCAGAUCUGGACUCAAAAAAACACAUGAAGAUGUGUCAGUGUUACUCUGCCCUGCUUAUGCUCUGCUUACACAUGGUGACAUGUGGAGCAGAGCUCAGAGCAGCUGUGUCUCCUCUGGGUUGGGAAGAGAGCGAUAAGGAGGAAAGUGUCUCUCCUUAUGGCUCUAGUUCAGGGUUUCUCAAAUCCCUGCGGCUUUUCUCCCACACGUCCCAAUCUAACAGCCAGAGCCGUGAAACUGCUCCGGAUCCCGGGGCACUGGAUCUGUGGGCUUGGUUAUCCAACCACACUGAUACCGAAGGAACCCUCUCGAGGGCCAAACGUCGCCCCUAUGUGAAAACGGGCAAGUUUAAGAAGAUGUUCGGCUGGGGCGACUUCCAUUCGAACAUUAAAACGGUCAAGCUAAACCUUCUCAUUACUGGGAAAAUCGUUGACCAUGGCAACGGAACCUUUAGCGUCUAUUUCCGCCACAACUCCACCGGCCUGGGCAACGUGUCCGUCAGCCUGGUCCCGCCCUCCAAGGCUGUCGAUUUUGAGAUCACUCAACAGGAGACCAUAGAGGUACCCAAAGACAAUAAGGCCUUCAAUUGUCGAGUGGAAUACGAGAAGACGGACCGCAGCAAGAGGACGUCCGUUUGUAGCGACUUCCCGAACAGGGUAUGUUUCCAGGAACAGACCCAAAGCCAUGUGUCUUGGCUUUGCUCCAAGCCCUUCAAGGUCAUCUGCAUCUACAUUGACUUCUUCAGUGCUGACUACAAGCUAGUACAGAAGGUCUGCCCAGACUACAACUACCACAGUGACACUCCCUAUACCUCUGUGGGAUAGCACAGCCUAGAUUGGAUGUGUUGAGGUAACUGAGGUGUCAUUUCAUUGUUACAGCCUCUCUAGCCUGUAGUUUCCUUCUUCUGUUCCAUAAAGAACCGGAUAAAUGGAAGCAAGGUCAGAUGAUUCUAUCUUGCUGGUCCUCCUAAGGCAGUCGAUGACAGGAAUAGUUCACCCAAAAAAAAAAUUUUCCACAGAAAAAAGUC